AUGCGGAAGGAGUCGCGCGAGCGCGAAGCCGCGCGUCCCCUCGCGUCGCGCGCUUUGCUCAGUUCCUUCUCUUCAGCGGAGGACGUGGAACGGCGGCGCGUGAACGGAGAUUCCGCGCCAAGGCAGCCAGAUGUGUCGGGCGAAGACGAGGGCACACUCUCGACGAGAGCCGGGCACGGAGAAGACCCACGCGUGGCGGGCGGCGCGAGCUAUCCGUGCUUCUCCAACCUGAAGAAACCAGGUGGAUGCACGCCUCCGCGGCAGGCUGCGGGGCAGGGGGGUCGCGAGAACGAGGCUAGUGGCGCGGCUUGUUCCUCCCUCCAGCGUCGCGUGAGUUGGUACGACGACGUCGACGGGUCCUCUUCGCUUCGUCGGCCGUCGUCUUCCGCCUCUCUCUCCUCGCACUUUGCUGCGUAUCGGCUCUCUGCGCAGCCGUCGUCUGCGCCCUGUGUGCUUUCGAAGGCCGCUGCGCCCGCCUCGCUCUCGCCUCGCCUCCCCGGCGGCGGGACGGAGGGGGAGGCCGCUUGCGUGGUCACGCAGUCUGCGCCGGCCGCGGCGGCUGCCUUCCCCGCGUUCGCGCCCUUUUCGACGUCUGCCGCGGCCGCGUCGCUCUCCUGUGGCGCGCGCAAAACGCGGAGAGAGGGCGGGGGCAAGAAGCGAACGGGAAAGCACAAGCAGCGCAGAUGGGUUUCGCAUCAGCUACUCGUCGCGGCGCUGCGCAGAUGCAUGUAUGAGAGCGGCGAAGACUUGACAGACACCGACGGCGGAGGGCCUGGCAGCGUCGUCGAGCCGCCGCGUACCUCCUGCUGGCAGCUGCUGCAGAUGAACGCCGCGGCCUACGAGGCGUUCCGAAAAGGCAAGGAGGAUCUUUUGCUGGGGCGGCGCGCGGGCAAAAAGAAGGGAAGACCCCACGCGCACGAGGGCGACCGCGACGAAGCCGCGGAGAGCGAGGAGGCCGAGGCGGGCGGGGGUGCGGGUGGCGCGGAGGGCGACGAGGAAGAGAGCCGCGGGGUGAACCGCUUGGCGCGGAAGGCAGAGCAGGAGAGGAGGCGCAAACAGCACAAGCUGAAGCAGAACAGGAACCAGCAGCGGCAUCUCCUCGUGCUCAUUCGCGAGCAGAAACUGGGGGGAGGCACGCGGGCGCGGGAUGAGGACAAGGAGAGAGAACGCAGCAGCCACACGACCGCGGCCUCGCCGCUGUCCUCAGGCGACUCCGCGGCGUCGGGGGUCGGCAACCCUGCAGACGACAAGGGAAGCUCGACACCCUCGUGUUCGCUGGAGGAGCAGCAGGCGCUGCUGCGCUACCUGCGGAGCCAAGAGGAGUAUCUCAUUGCAGAGAUUUUGCGCGACCAGGAGCGAGCAGACUGCUUCGCACGAGGCGUCUAUGCCUCGCGCGGGGGCCGCGGCCGGGGUCAGCUGCGCCCGUCCGUCCAGCUCCUUCGCGGCGUGCGCGCCUCGUUCCGCAGCGUGCGGUCGCUCGUCGCCGACAGCGCGUAUCUUCAGGGUUUCUUGGGGACUCUGGAGGCGCAGCUGCUCGCCUCGUGGGACUCUCUGAACUGGAGAGAGGCCUCUAGGGACGCAAAGGCGGAGAGGAACUCGUCCGCGGGGGACGACGACGCAGACGAGGUGCCUCAGAGCAGCUCCGCAGAGCUUGGCGACGCCCGCAGCGGUCCGGAGCAAAGUCCCUCCGCUGCAGGGCAGUCGCAGCAGCCGUCGCCGGAGAAAGAGGAUAAAGGGCAAGGGGUGGACGCCGAAGAGGAAUGGGUAGACGCAGGUGAGGGCGCGAAGAAAGGCGAGUUGGUUCGCGGAUUUGUGCGUGUUCUCAUGUUUCGCGCCACCGGUCAGGAAGAGGAUGCGUGUGCGACCCAGGGCGGCCUCGGCUUCAAAUUCAUGACCGAGGUCCGCGUCGCUGAUUUGACGGGGUCGGAGGCGUGCACGCUGCAGCGUUUUCUGGAGUCCCGCAGAAGCUGCCGCGCGCAGGCGACGCAGCUGCUUUCAGGCUCAGAAGAACCCGCAGAGGCGCUCGAGCGCGCGAACCCGUCCCCCGCUGAGGUGUCUCUGUCUGGGGCGGCACGCCUGGCGCCCGGGGGCGAGCCGCGUGCGGCGGACGGUUUGUUUGUCGUGUGGGGCCUGGACGGGCUGCAGCGGAAACUCACGCACGGCCUCGUGGCUCUGCUUGACGACUUGGUCUCCUUCUCCGUGUCGUUGGAGCGCGAGGAGUUUCCAGAGCUCACCAAGAAGAACGGCAGAGCCGCGGAGAGGCUCGCGGGACGCGUCGCCUGCGAGGGCCGCGGAGCGGACAACGACGUGUCCGGCAGCGCGGACGCGCCUGGGAGUGCGGGUGCGCGCAGGCCGCGGAGGAACCGGAAAAGCCAGGGUGAAGAAAAAGCCGUCGUCAUUGCAAGGCGCGGUUCCGGCAGCCACCGCGGCAUGCACCUGGCGGGGCCGCCGCUCUUCUCACCCGCGGCGGAGCUCAUCAAGGCCAUCGGCGUGCCCUACAAGCGGACGCGAGGUCAGCAGGAACUCUAA